AUGGCAUUCAAUACGACUGCGGUGGCCAUUACCGGCGGCUGGAAACUCUUCAAUGAGCACUGCUAUUCAUACCAGGCGUGCUCCGGCCCCUCCAUGUACCCAUCCAUAAAUUUCCGGGGUGAAUGGCUCCUCGUGUCCAAGCUCCACAAGCACGGGAAAGGGGUCGAGGUGGGGGAUCUCGUCAUGUUCAAGAAUCCACUUUUUCGAGGACGGACGGCGACCAAGCGGGUGCUGGGAAUGCCUGGUGAUUUUGUGCUGAAGAAUGCGCCAUCAGUCGGCGAUGAUGCGACUGGGGAUGAGGAUGCGGAGAUGAUACGGAAGGCCAUAUCUGGGUCAUUGGCGAUAAUUUGCCUUGGUCAAGGGACUCGAGAUUUCAUGGGCCACUCCCAUUGGGGUUAG